CUAGCGCAUAAGUCACUACACAAACCAGGAAGCCAAGGAUUCAUGGUCAUGGCGUCGACUUUCUCUCUGUCCUCCACCAUUCCAAUCACCCUCACCUCCUCCCUCUCUCCUUCUUCCCAAAAGACAUCUCAACUCUCCAUUGUUCGAAAGCGUAAACCCUAUUCCAUAUGCAAAGUCACAAAUGGUGAGCAAAACUCUAGCCCUAGCUCCAAAGAAGGAGAAUUUUCUGGGAACAAAUUUGAUAGAAGAGAUGUCCUCGUUGGUCUGGGGGGUCUUUAUGGAGUGGCAAAUCUCACUUCUGAUCCAUUUGCCUUGGCUACUCCAAUUCAAGCUCCGGACUUAACCAAAUGUGGCAAAGCUGACUUACCUGCUGGUGCAAAGCCAACGAAUUGCUGCCCACCACCAUCUACAAAAAUCACAGACUUCAAGCUCCCUACAUAUAAUGCUUUGCGAGUUAGGCGGGCCGCACAUUUGGUUGAUGAUAAAUAUGUAGCCAAAUACGAAAGGGCUAUUCAGCUCAUGAAAGAGCUUCCUGCCGAUGAUCCUCGUAGCUUCACGCAACAAGCCAACGUUCAUUGUGCCUACUGUGAUGGGGCCUACCACCAAGUUGGCUUUCCCGAGCUUGACCUCCAAGUUCACAACUCAUGGUUGUUUUUCCCGUUUCAUAGAUAUUAUCUAUAUUUCUAUGAGAAGAUUUUGGGAAAAUUGAUUGAUGAUCCAAGUUUUACUCUGCCAUUCUGGAAUUGGGAUUCCCCUGAUGGGAUGAAAAUGCCUUCCAUUUAUGCAAAUCCUAGGUCAUCACUGUACAACAAACUGCGCGAUGCAAAGCACCAGCCACCCAAACUGAUCGAUCUUGAUUAUAAUCUUACUGAUGAAACCACAACAAAAAAGGAUCAAAUUGAUAGCAAUCUUAAGAUCAUGUACCGACAAAUGGUGUCCAAUGGCAAGACUGCUAAGCUUUUCAUGGGAAGCGCAUACCGUGCCGGUGAUGAAUCCGAUCCCGGAGCCGGUGCGUUGGAGAAUAUUCCACAUGGGCCUGUUCAUAUAUGGAGUGGCGAUCGAACACAGCCAAAUAUUGAAGACAUGGGGAAUUUCUACUCGGCAGGAAGAGACCCUAUCUUCUUCGCUCAUCACUCGAAUGUUGAUCGAAUGUGGACGGUUUGGAAGACAUUAGGAGGGAAGAGAAAAGAUUUCACUGACCCAGAUUGGCUUGAGGCCAGUUUUCUUUUCUAUGAUGAGAACGCUAAGCCUGUUCGUGUUAAGGUUCGUGAUUGUUUAGAUACUAAAAAUCUGGGAUAUGUUUAUCAAGAUGUUGAAAUUCCAUGGCUUAAAAAUAAACCAACGCCUAAGAAAAUUUUCAAGAAAGUGGCAAACGCUCUUGGCGUAGCACACGCAGCGGAGUUGAAAACAAACUUUGUUGAGCCAACUCAGUUCCCUAUAGUUUUGGACAAAACUAUAAGCACUGUGGUUCCGAGGCCAAGGAAAUCAAGGAGCAAGAAGGAGAAAGAAGAGGAAGAGGAGGUAUUGGUCAUAGACGGCAUUGAGUUUGAGAAAGACACAGCGGUGAAAUUCGAUGUGUUUAUCAAUGAUGAGGAUGAGGUGGCAACUGGGCCGGACAAGACUGAGUUUGCGGGGAGUUUUGUGAGUGUACCGCACAAGCAUAAGCACCACAGGAAGCUGAAGACUCGCUUGAUAUUGGGACUCACUGAUUUGUUAGAGGAUUUGAAUGCUGAAGAUGAUGACAGUGUGGUGGUAACUUUGGUGCCCAGAUACGGGAAAAAUGUCAGCAUUGGCGGUAUCAAGAUUGAAUUUGCCGACGAUUAAGACUAAUUUGUCAUCUUACGUAUUUUGCUUGUUCAACUCAUGGCUUUGACAAACCUGCUGUGUUUCAUUUUAAAACCAGAAUUUGAGUAAAUAAAUGACUUAAAUUAUGCUUCA